AUGGAAUUUCUCUUCUUUGUGGGGGUCCUUGCUGGUACUUUUUUCUCUGCUCAUUCAUCAGUGCAGAAGGAAGAUCCCGCUCCCUAUUUGGUGUACCUCAAGUCUCAAUUCAAUCCCUGUGUGGGGGUCCUCAUCAAAAGUAGCUGGGUGCUGGCCCCAGCCCACUGCUACUUACCAAACCUAAAAGUGAUGCUGGGAAACUUUAAGACCAGAGUCAGAGAUGGGACCGAGCAGGUGAUCAACCCCAUCCAGAUAGUGCGCUACUGGAACUACAAUCACAGCAACCCCCAGGAUGACCUCAUGCUCAUCAAGCUGGCCAAGCCUGCCAUCCUCAACCAGAAGGUUCAGCCCCUCCCCCUCGCCACCAGCAAUGUGCGACAGGGCACCAUGUGUCUGCUCUCAGGGCUGGACUGGAGCCAAGACAACAGCGGCAGGCACCCGGACCUGCGGCAGAACCUGGAGGCCCCAGUGAUGUCCGACAAGGAGUGCCAGCAAACAGAGCAAGGGAAAAGCCACAGGAACUCUUUGUGUAUCAAGUUCGUGAAAGUGUUCUCCCGCGUUUUUGGGGAAGUAGCCGUCGCUACUGUCAUCUGCAGAAACAAGCUGCAGGGGAUCGAGGUCGGGCACUUCAUGGGGGGUGAUGUGGGCAUCUACACCGAUGUCUAUAAGUAUGUGUCCUGGAUCGAGAGCGUCACCAAAGACAAGUGA